AUGCUAACGUGCUCAGACUGGUCGGUGAAUGAUCAGACAACGUCGUCCACUCUCGCAAGCCCCGGAGACGUACCAGGCUCGCCACCAUACCUCGAGCUUUAUCCCUUCGACCUGGACAAUGACGAUAGCGACUCCGAGGUGGGAGUUGAGGAUCCUUCACAACGAUCAACGCCCUUCGAGCCUUCGCCCGACGAAACUUGGGAGGACAUUCUGCCCGAGGACCAGCGGCGAGCGAUGGAGCCCCCUACCAAUCUCGGGAUUGUCAUCGGUCCAGCGUGGUCUAGAGGUCGUGCCGAUGACUUCGAGGAUAGCGACGGGGACAAAAUUAGCCCCCCGGCGAUAGCAGUUGCAUUGCUGGCCAGAUGUCCAGCAGAUCUGGGUCCGGACUGCCAUAACUUAUAUAUCUCCUCAAGGUGGCCGGAGAUGAUUGCUUGUCCUACCGAGUGCGUUUCGGCAGCAAUGGUUCUAGAGACGACAGUAUAUCAUCCCGUCAUCUUGAGCAAUGGCAGCUUUGCGCAGGAAAAUCAUAUGAUCAUGAACGCAGCGGGCAGUCCCGCAUUUCCUCCGUGCGACAUCAAUGACCUUUGGGUCCGUUAUUCCCUACCUCCAGGCAGACAUGAUGUUUCCAGUCUGGCGGUCAUGUGCACGGGAGACCUGUGCAAGCGCGGAGCAGUAUGGAGGCCUGCACUGGCCGGGCAAAUCCGUUACUGUCGCAGGUGCAAGGAAUGGUUCCACAUCGCCUGCCUUGCAGUCUCCGAAAUAUCAAGCGCGGAGGAACUGUCAAGCUACGGGGAAAACCUUGAGGCCUUUGGCCAGGAUUACCUACGACCCCUGACGUUGGCCGAGCACAAGGAGAGCAACCUCUACGUUGCACACACCCCUGCACCAGCGGAUGUAGCAGCUGAGGCUGACAGGCACGACUUUGCGAACCACGUCCAGCAGGCGUCGACCACCUGGGAAGAGGUCGCCUGUCUCCCCCUUCGUCGCCGAACGUCACCUGCCUGUACGCCACAGACGAAUGAAGUCCUCAUUCAGCACGCUGUAGAGAGAGUGAGGAGAGGCGAGGGCAGAGAAGAUGUGCCGGAUUUAUAUCAGAUCCUUAUUGAGCAGGAAGUAUGCAAGCAGGCAAGUGUCCGCGGGGCAAAAAUAAUCCUGAACAAGGAUUUGCGUAAACUGAGAGGGCAGACCAUGCGUUUCUUCAUUUGUAUUGGCUGUGGGGCUCAGAUUGUGUAG